AGUCAGGCUCCACUCUCAAUCCCGACUAACGCUACAUCUCUCAAUCGCCAUAUUGGGUAACUGAGGUCGGUCCGCAGUGGCUCUCGCUUUCGGGGACGAGUUCGACGUGAGCGGCUUUCGGUUCCCGGGCGCCUUCGAGCAGAAUUACCCGCGGAGACUACUUCGCCUUCGGAAGAGCAGCGGCGGCCGUGACCGUUCGAGCCCGACGCACGCGCGCACGCAUUUUUACGCAUGGCCUGAGUCCCUUUUUACGCUCGUUUUGGAGUCGAGGAGAUACCCGUCGUUCACCGAGCGCUGGCUCCUGUUGUUGUUUUUUUGUUUUUUUUUCUCGUGAAAACUGGACGUUCCCGGCUGUUUGCAAGAAAACAAAAAUCCCGUAUUUCUUGUUUUUUUUUUCUUCUUUCUGGUGGAGGGAGGGCGGGGCAGGGUGGGGGUUUGAAAUGUCAGAUGUUCGACUAUCCAACGGGAGCCCGACUCUGGAGCGGACGGACUCCCGGGUGUCGGAUCACCCGAAGCCGUCGGCCUGCAGGAGCCUCUUCGGCCAGGCGGAUCACGAAGGGUUAAAGAAGGAAUUAAAGGGACAUUUGCGGGAGAUGGAAGAGGCCGCUUCCGCCAAGUGGGGCUUCGACUUCGCCAACCACAGGCCGCUGGUCCACGGGAGGCUCAAGUGGGAGCUGGUGGACUGCAGAGACGUCCCGGAUUUCUACAACAAGCCGCCGCGGCGCAGGGGGGAGAAGAAGGGCGUCUGCUCCGCCGGGAAUAACAAGGUGGAUCUAAACGGGAAUCACAGUUGCGUGGUGCUGGCCUCGGGCGAGGACACCGACCGGUCCGAUGGACACACGGAAUGCACGGAGCAGUGCACCGGAAUGAGGAAAAGACCGGCGUGCCACGAACCCUCGGCCCCAAAUAAGAGAUCACACACCAGCCCGGAUGAGGUCACUUGUCCGAACCUGAGCCACUCUGCAGAACACACUCCCAGAAAGACCAGCCCCAGGAGGCAAACGUGAGCCCCGCGGACGAGCCGAAGAAGUGUUUCCCCGUUUCAAGUGGGAAACCUCAGUGUCGGUGGGUUUUGGAGGAGGAACUACGCAGCAUCAGAAACAUAUCAACCCUCCUGAAGACGGGGGAGGACGCUGUUGAAGCACUGAAUAGAAACACUAAAGUUGUGGCACUCAAUUAAAAAGUUACUGCCUCUAAAAGCAGUCAAUGUAGCAUUGUGCAAUUAGGUUUAAUUUCCUUUUUUGCUCCUUUUUUUCCUUUUUUUUUUUACUACCUGUGUGUAAAUAAAUAUGCAUAUUAUAUUUCUUUCCAUAUGUAGCACAUAAGAAAAACAUUAUUUGAACACCAAUCCUUUAUGUAAAAAGGUGUGAGCUUUGAUUUGACUUGAAGAAUUUGCAGUGUAGUUUGAUACAUGUUUCCAAAAUGCUGUUGUGUUUUUUUUUGUUUGUUUUU